UUGAUGAUCUGCACUGCCUUUAGGAGUGAGCAGAUUCAGAUGGAUGAACGGUCAAUCGUUUUGGAGCGCCAAGCCAUCAAGCGCGGAGCUCGGCAAGAACAGUGAUGCAUUUUCAGGAGUGGUUACAGUCGCUUGGAUCCAGCUUGGAAGUGAAAUUUCCUCAGUCGGAUCAGGCUGGAGACUGGCAUCUGCUGUCCCUGCACUCGCUGUCCCUGCUGGGAUUAGGAGCCCUGGCCUCCCUCACCACAUACUGGCUGCUGACCCGUCCGCAGCCCAUGCGCCCUCCCUGCGACCUUCAGGCCCAAUCGGUGGCUGUCAAUGGGGAUCCCGGCUGCAGGCGCUCAGCUCUUCUUCAAGAUGAUUCGUUGCUGGAAUUCUACCACGACGACACCAGGACGGCGUACGACAUGUUCCAGAGAGGCCUGAGGAUCGCAGGUAAUGCACCAUGUCUUGGCUUCAGGGAGUCAGGCCAACCCUACCAGUGGUUAUCCUACACUGAGGUGGCCGAACAAGCACGGGUGCUGGGUUCUGGUCUCCUGGCUAAAGGCUGCAAGCCCAACCCAGAACAAUUCAUUGGGAUAUUUGCACAGAACAGACCAGAGUGGAUCAUUACAGAGCUGGCCUGCUAUACUUACUCUAUGGCGCUUGUUCCUUUGUAUGAGACACUGGGGCUGGAGGCCAUGGUCCAUAUUCUUCAGCUGGCGGAGAUCUCCCUGCUGGUAUGCGACCGUGAGGAGAAAGCCGCCUCCCUAUUGGAGAAUAAGGAGAAAGGCGUCACACCCAAACUCUGCUGUCUGGUUUUCUUCGACGACUUCAGCGAGGCUUUCGCCGAGAGGGCGAGGGCUUGCCAGGUGGAGGUUCUCAAACUGACACAGCUCAUGGAUCUGGGAAGGCAGAAUCUCAAAGAGCCUUUGCCCCCCCAGCCUCAGGAUCUGGCCGUGGUUUGCUUCACCAGUGGCACCACAGGCAAGCCUAAGGGAGCCAUGAUCACCCACGGCAACAUCGCCUCAAACACUUCCUCUGUCAUUAAGAUCCUGGAGGGUUCCUUUGUCAUCCGACAAGAAGACGUUUCCAUCUCCUACCUGCCGUUGGCACACAUGUUUGAGAGGAUGAUCCAGGUGUCCAUGUUCUGCCACGGAGCUCGAGUGGGCUUUUACCAAGGGGACAUUUCCCUCCUGAUGGACGACAUCAAAACACUCAAGCCCACCUUCUUCCCCGUCGUGCCCCGAGUGCUGAACCGCAUCUACGACAAGAUUCUGGGCUCGGUGACAUCCCCGCUGAGGCGAGCUUUGCUUCACUACGCCGUCAGGAGGAAGCAGGCCGAGCUAAGCAGCGGCGUCGUACGCAACAACAGUCUUUGGGACAAACUGGUCUUCAACCGGAUUCAGGCCAACUUUGGAGGAAACCUGCGCUUCGCCCUGACCGCCUCGGCGCCCAUUUGCCCCACGGUGCUCUCCUUCCUUCGAGCCACCAUGGGAUGUCUCAUUUUUGAAGGCUACGGCCAAACAGAAUGCACGGCGGGAUGCACUUUCUCCAUGCCGGGUGACUGGACCGCAGGACACGUUGGUGCUCCUCUGCCAUGUGCUACGGUCAAGCUGGUGGACAUCCCUGACAUGAACUACUUUGCAAAGAACGGAGAGGGCGAGAUCUGUAUCCGUGGCCCCAGCGUGUUCCGAGGCUACUUGAAGGACCCCGAAAGGACGGCAGAAGCUUUGGACAGUGACGGCUGGCUGCACAGUGGCGACGUGGGCCAGUGGCUUCCAAACGGGACGCUGCGCAUCAUUGACAGGAAGAAGCACAUCUUCAAGCUGUCGCAGGGAGAGUACAUCGCUCCGGAGAAAAUUGAAAACGUGUACACGCGCUGCACACCUGUGCUGCAGGUCUUUGUGCACGGAGACAGUUUACAGUCUUACCUGGUUGGGAUUGUUGUCCCUGACCGUGAGGUUUUUGUAACCUGGGCUAAGGAGCGAGGAUUUGCGGACUCGUACGAAGAACUUUGUCAAACUCCUGACGUGAAGAAGGCGGUGUUGGAGGACAUGAGAGUGAUUGGAAAGGAGGCCGGCCUCAAAUCAUUUGAACAGGUGAAAGACGUCCACUUGCACCCCGAGACGUUCAGCGUGGCAAACGGCCUCCUCACACCCACGCUCAAGAGCCGACGCGCCGACAUCCGCCGGCGGUUCCAGGAGCAGAUAGCCAAUAUGUACGGCAAGACGGUCGUGUGACAAAAUGGCAACAUCGAGUAAGUGCCUUAAUAGAAACACGUUUGACUUCACUAGUUGAUACACGUCCGUCCAACAUUUCACGUGUACAUUGUUAUCUAACGGGAUCAAAAACGUUGUUCGCCUGCUGGUGUUGUACAAAAAAAACGUUUUUAUAACAUGUGGCGUUAUUUGAGAUGUCUCACUUGUAACAUGUCUUCCUCCUUUGUUCAGCUUACAUCUUAAAUUGGUUUUGUAAAUCUAAUGUGAUUCGUUGAAAAUCCAGCGGUAGGUAAUAUUGUAUGUGUUGUAAAUACGCUUUUGCGCCGAAUGAGUGGCCAUUACUGACUUAAUAAACAGAAAAUAAAGAUUUCUAACCUGUUUUGUUUUUUAUAUUUAAAGAACAUUGGUGAGUAUAUUGCAGUAAAGGGACAGGAAGAGAGAGAAAAGUCACAUCUCAUUGAUCAUUUAUUUUCUUAAUGUAUGCAAAAAAUGCUAUUGGACAAUUACGGAACAUAUCAAGUUUACAAACAAAUAAAACCCUUGAGGCUAAAAGUAUUUGUCAAAAUAAAUUAAAAAAAAACGACAUUGUUUAGAAGGAGUAUUAACGUCACAUUGAAAAAUAAAAAAGAAGAAUACAAGAAAAAAGUAGUAGUGUUACUUGAGUAAAGUAUUUUUUGACAAUGCUGAGGAAAAUGAAGAUUUACACACAAAAACAAAGUAUUGUGAAGUACUGACAUAAUUAGUACCUGACCUGAUCUUUGACUGACAUUCAAAUCACGUUUUCAAGUUAGGAUUUUAUAACAAAAAAAUUAUAGGUAAACUUGAGAGUGUAGUUAUUUUUGCAUGGAAAGCUGCUCUAUCACAACAAUAAAGAUGAGGGGGGGGGAAAAGCAGUACAGUUUAAACUAAUAUUGUAAUAACACGUUUAAUUUUCUGAUAAGGUGUAAUAUUUCAACUUGUAAUUCUGACAUGUUAGUAUUUUGCUUUCUUUUCAGUGUGGCCCUAACAGUUAAAAAAAUUAAAGCCUUCAUUUAGUAUAAAGUCCCCUUCAUUCAUCAGUAGUUAGCUUCAGUUAAAAUAGAUAAAAGACAAGGCAAACUGCCUGCAUGACACUAAGUUAAGGUAAGCGCACCUAAUGAGCAUCUGUGACCUCUGAACCCUUUUAGCGCUUUUGGAACGAGUCCUUUCCCCCCCGCUAGAGGGAGCACUUGGCUUGAUCUUAGCACUGUGGCUGAAACUUAGUCUACUGUCUGUCCACUUGCUCAUGUAACAAAUUGCAUUUCACUGCUUCAUGCGCCACAAAGAUGAUGUCAACACGUGGGGACAUAAGAUCAUGUCGGAUGUUUAAAAAA